CAAAUGCCCAAAACACAAUGCGCGCUCCGUGCGACUCGCUCCGCGCUCCACAGAGCACACGCAUGCGACGCAGCGCGGCCACCGUCCCCGCGCGAGCGCCCACGGAUCACCGUGACGUCGUCAGAAACCCAGGCCUCCCUGGCCGCAGAAGCGCGCCUCACCCCGGGGAAAUAUGAUAUGUUAUCCCCUCGCGGCGGCCGGCCCCACGACGCCCCCUCGUGGCCUCGUCCUUCCCGUCACCGUGUCACAUGGACGACGCCGGCUCGUGCGGCCGCGUGCUCGAGUGGGAGCUCGGCCUCCCCGCGGCCGCCGAGCUGACGCCGGUCUCGCACCCGCUCAUCCCGCCGGCGCUCGCCGCCGCGUUCCACAUCAACAUCGCGGGCGCCUGCCCCUCCUCGUUUGACUCGCCCCUUGCGCACGACUCCCCCACCUCCCACCUGUCCUUCCGCUGCGACGAGGACGAGGACGAGGAGGGAGAUGGGGAGAUCGAGGACGCUGCCUCCGGAGGAGGGGUGUGCCGAGGGAGGAGCGUCGGGAAGAAGGCGAGGAUGGUGUGGACGCCGGAGCUGCACCACCGGUUCGUCGAGGCGGUGGCGCGCCUCGGCGAUAAGGGCGCCGUGCCCAAGGCCAUCGUGCGGCUCAUGAACGUCGAGGGCCUCACCCGCGAGAACGUCGCCAGUCACCUCCAGAAGUAUCGCCUCUACCUCAAGCGGACGCACAACCCCACCACGCCACCGCCGUCGUCUCCUCCGUCCCUGCCGCCGGCAUACGGCUCCCCCCUUCAGCCCCCAGACGCCUCCCGACACCCCGAACCGGAUCGGUUACUGCGCGUUCCUCUCCCGCGACUAAGCAAUGAUCCACCGUGGCUGAACCAAAAGCGUAUCAGUUAGAUGGCAAAAUUUAGUAGUACCAAUUUUCAGUAAACCUCGUGGUGGGCAGACACUGGAAACAACUUUAUGUCCACACCACACCUUGUCCCAAGGAGCAAAUGAGUUAUUUAAGUUCAUUUAGGGAAAUUGUGCUACCUCUAUAGAAGAUAAUCCUGAUUUUGUUUAUUUGAAGUUUGAGUUUUUGGAUCUAUUUGUGGUACAAAGGUUCAAGUAUUCCGGUUUCUCGCCAAAAACAGUUUGUUUGUCUGACUUUAUUAAUUUUCAGGAUGCUGGAAAUUUUCCUGUUGAAGAUUUAUGGUUGGGGUACACAUUAGAAGUAUUUCUGCCGUCUAUAGAAUAAUAGAAGUAGCUCAGUAUCGUUUCAUGUUUGACGGCUGAUCAAUUUGUUGUUCAAAUAAAUUUGUCAUUUUGUUGAGGGAUUAUGCUUUUUCCAAGAGGUGCCAUCUUUUGUGGUGCUCUAGUGUGCUGUGAUCUACCAUUGAUGCUUUAUGGGACUAUCAAUUCUUGGCUGAAGAAUUGUUUCCUUUUUACAUUAUCUGUACUAUGUCCAUAGGAUCAACAUGUGUAAACCCUUUUAAUCUAGCAAUGACCCUCACACUCA